AUGGGAUUUGGAAAAGGUGAACAGAUGGAUAACCAUUUCGUUUCGACGUGGUUCGUACGCGGCAUCCGAUCGAUUAAAUUAUUCUUGUUCUCACCAAUAAAUAGUAAACCAUAUUCUUUGGCAUGGGUAAAUGCUAUGAAAUUUGAGCGAAUAAACCCUAUGAUCCGCACUCGCUUGUUGAGUAGUAAUACAACUCAGGCCGUUGAGGAGGAUUUGCGUGUCGGGAAUGCAAAGGAACGAGUAUUGGAAAGAUAUAAACAGAUCGGAGCAAAAUCAGGUCGACAGUAUCCUGAAUUUAUCAAGCGAAUCGCACCUCCUCUUUCCAAGCUGCUUGGAAUAACUGUGCGCGCUGAGGGAAUAUCAACGAUCCAAAAAGUAUAUCCUGUAUGCGCACUGCAAACGGAAUAUCAUAGAGAUUACUAUAUAGACGCAUGUAGAUUACCCGAUAAUUAUCAGACAUGGUUCUCAGUCACAGCAUUACAUCUAUGGAUGGUUAUAGUAAGGUUCAGACCUGAGAUUCAUGGAGAAACAUACAACGAGAUUUUGGUUAAUACGUUUUUCGAAGAUGUUGAGUGGAGAAUGUGUAAUCUUCACGGUGUUAAACGCGGUUCAAUAGCCACCCGGUAUAUCAAAGAUUUCCUUUCCCAAUUCAGAGGAGCCGUUAUGGCAUACGAUGAAGGGUUAUGUAAAAAUGAUGCCGUACUGGCUGCUGCGCUGUGGAGGAAUGUCUUUUCUACAUUUACCUCUGUCCACAUCAUGGCAUCGCUGGUAAAAUAUACUAGACAAGAGCUCCAGAGAUUGGAUUCAUUAUCAUGGGAAGAGAUUCGCCAGGGAAAAGUCCAGUUCUCAAAUCCAACUCUGGAACUGUAA